AUGGUGACAUCCACUCCGGUGUCAUCUUUUGCUCUCUUCAAAUACCGCGAUACUGUUAUGCAGCUUUCGAGUCUACCUUUACGCACCCACCCUUUUCACCUAUUUCGUCCAUUCCACAACUCCGUUACGGUAGCCAAGAGUCCCAAUGUCUUUGCCAAUAGUCUUCGAAAGACCCUAGAGGCCCAUCGGUCCACAAAUCGGUCUCGUUUGAUCCGCAAGAUUUACCCCAUUGAAGAUCCCGCGGGACUCUGGCGACCUGAGAUCCCACCUGAGAGUCGCGCCGACUACCAACCGCCCGCGGAACUAGCUCUACCCUUACCCAAUGCGGAAUAUCCAUCUGAUACUCCUAAUCCGGGGUCUAAAAACCGCCAGAAAAAACGCAGAAGUCAUGUGGAUAUAUCGUCUCGCCAAUCACUGAUUGAUCGACAUGGAGAAGAUGCGAUUCAACCUGCAGGAACAGGUCCGGCACAGAGUCCAUGGUUGAGAAAUUUGGAGCUGCCUCGCACCAAUGCCGAGAUCACCCUGGAUGCAGAAAUUCGAGCAUUGGAUCAAUACCUGGCCCCAAGAGCUCAGGAACAAGACCGCAUAGAGAAGCUCAGGACAGAGGUAGCCUCACUUCUCAAAACAGUGGUCCCACAUGCCCCAAGAGUCAUUGGAUCCCACUGCACGGGUCUUGUACUGGCGCACUCGGAUCUUGACUUUAUAUUACCAUAUGAAGACCUUCCUAGAUCACCAGAACGUGAUCGAAGGCCGAGCCCCACUCGGCCUCAGAUCCGAGAUGCCCACAUCCGCCUUCUGCGUCAAGUCCAAAGAGCUCUACAGCACACCGAUACCUUUAACGAUCAUGUUAAACUAUUUGACAAACGGAACCCUGCACUAUCCGCUCGUCACCGGCCGACUGGACUGUUGCUACAAUUUUACUGUGGUGAGGGUAUCCCUGCCAUCACGGAGUAUCUACAAGAUUAUCAGGCCGAAUAUCCUGCCGUGCGACCUCUCUAUGCAGUAACACGUACAUUGCUAGAGGCGCGUGGCCUUUUUGGCUUGCCACAGGCGAGCAUUGGGCCGGAUGGGCUAGCAAUGCUCAUCGUGGCGUUCCUGAAGAUGAACCAUGGCCGGUUUCCCGGGCCCAAUAACUUGGGUGACCAGUUCCUUGCUCUUCUGCAGUUCUAUGGCACUCAAGUUGACCUCCAGUCUGUCGGCGUCGCCGUAGAUCCUCCCGCACUUUUCAGCGCAGACAUGUUGCCUGUAGCUCCCGACGCUGACGAACCCGCCCACCAGCGCGGUCAGCGUUCUUUGAUCAGCGCCAAACGAACCGCUGCGGCGAAGCGGAAUAUUCUUGUUGCGCAACGGUUAUGUAUACAAGAUCCUACCCAUUACAUGAAUGAUCUAGGCCGGUCGUGUACUCGGACUUCUGAGUUGCAGAGUGCAUUUGCAGCUGCGCAUCAGCAGCUUCGUCAGACAUGCGAUGAAUGGACAAGCAAUGGCAAUAUCAAGAGUUCGAGUGUCCUUGCCACUACUCUACGAGCUAAUUUUGAUGGCCUAGAGAACAUGCGCAAUCAACUCGCCUACCUCUAG